AAAGGGAGUUAACUCCAGUUACAUUUUAAAUUGAUCAAAUGGCAUCCAAUCGACUAGCCCAGUUUAGAGUGUUUGGGAAAAAGAUUGUUGCAGUAGGAAGAAAUUACAAGAGUUUGGCUGACCAACGUGGAGACCCGGUUCCUCCAUAUCCACUGGUCUUUCUUAAGCCAACAACCACCUAUAUAUCUGAAGGAGAAACUAUUAGGUUUCCGCCUGGUUGCAAUGAUCUUCAUCAUGAAGUAGAACUAGGUAUUGUUGUUGGAAAGAAAGGAUUCCAAAUUCCCGAGGAGAAAGCGAAGGAAUAUAUUGGUGGUUAUUUUGUUGCCCUAGAUAUGACCGCUAGAGAUCUUCAACUUGAAGCAAAAAAGAAUGGACAUCCGUGGACAUUGUCUAAAGGUUGGGAUACAUCCACUCCAGCAGGCGAAUUUAUUGAAAAGGAUAAAAUUACUAAUCCUCAAAAUCUUCAGAUAUGGUUGAAGGUGAAUGGUGAAAUGAGACAAAACGGAAAUACUGCGGAUAUGAUAUUUAGCAUUAGUUAUUUGAUCAGCUUUAUUAGUAAAUAUAUGACGCUGGAAGAGGGUGAUGUCAUACUAACUGGUACGCCCUCUGGUGUAGGUGGUCUUAAGGGUGGUGACGUUAUUGAAGCUGGAAUUGGUGAUGUUUCUAAAAUAACAUUUUCUGUGGAUAAAUCCUGAAAUAUUUUGCAAUGCCUUUAAAAAACACAUCUAUAUUUACGAUUAUCGCAUUAUUCAUGUUGCUGUUAUCUACUUAACAACAAUUAAACGGUCCUUAUAUUUUAUAUCGGACUUCGACACGAUGAGUAUAUUGUUCUAUUACAUCAUAUAUAUUCAGUAACAAAUUUUUUUUUUCAAUAAAAAGGUUUUUUUUUUGUUUUGUUCAAUCAAGAUGAUACUGAAAAAUUGCUCUAUUCACCAUAUAAUCCACAAAAGAGAAAUUGCAUUUAAGUAUUUUGAAGGGUAUUUGUGUAUUUCGUAUUUAGACUAAACACAAGUUUAACCUGCUGUUUUGUUAAAACUAUUUUACCUUUAAAUAUGAUAUAACUAAUAAUUUUCUGGAGGUGAUCCCCUGGUCCAAAAACUGUCGUUUAGUCAUCUGACAGUGUCAUGAACUUAUUUGUUAAAAAUGAUAUGUUUAUUAUGCAAAUCAUACUAUAUAUUAUAUAUAUAAAGAUGGUCAAUUUA